UCGCGUUCGUUUUGGGGUUACUGGAGGAAAAUACACCUCAAACUGCAAUUCUCACGUCUUUGGGGAGGUGGGUUUUGAGGCUCCAAAUUGCGAGGUUUCUCUACCAAGUUUCAGGCGCUGUACACAUGUAGCAUCUGGAGACCGAAAGUGUGUUCAGUGGAGUCUGCAUGGGGAAGCGCUACUUCUGCGACUACUGUGACCGCUCGUUUCAGGAUAAUCUCCACAACAGGAAGAAGCACCUGAAUGGGGUGCAGCACCUGAGAGCCAAGAAGGUCUGGUAUGACUUAUUUCGAGAUGCUGCAGCUGUCCUGCAAGAGGAGCAGAGUAAGAAGCCCUGUCGGAAGUUCCUGCAGACAGGCCAAUGUGAUUUUGGCUCCAACUGCAGAUUCUCUCACAUGACUGAGGUGGAUUUGGAGAAGCUGAAUGCACAGGUACAAGAGGAGAGGAGAGCGAAAGAACAGCCGCGAGACGGGAUAGCGCAUCCCCCAGGGAUCAUUGAGGAGUGGCUGGAAAAGAGGGCCAAGCGGCUCGGCUCGGCUCAGACAAACAGUGCCGACCCUGAGGAAGAGUCCAUUUUCCAAUAUCCGCCUGGUUGGCCACCAGUUCAUGAGCUCCCUCCUUCCCUUCAGGCUCCGCCUCCUGGUGGAUGGCGGGUCCCGCCCAAUCUCCAAUGGGGGUGAUGGAUGGUUCAGAAUUGGAUGGUCAUUGUAAAUCGCAAGUAAUGCCCUUCAGGUGCCUGCCUCCCAGUGAACCUUAGCACCGGCGUGUUAUUUUUCAGCAUGUGUACUGAUAAAGCUCCAAUCAGAAUUUUUUAAAAAGAUAGGGGAGGGGAGGACCGUAACACAUGGAGAGAAAAAUAAAGUGUGGAGAAUUGUUAGAAAGGCAAAGCUAUGCGGCGUCUCAAUCUGUUGGCUUUUUAAAAAGAAUAUUUGUAUAGAGCCAGCUUGUGUUUAACUGUAUUACACCCUUGCUUUGGUAAAUAUAUAUAUAUUUUUUCAAGCAAAUAAAGAUCUGUG